AUGGAAGGCGCACCGGAUAUCAAUAUCAUUCUUGAGAACUCGCUGAGCCCAGACGCGACUCUGCGUCACGCGGCGGAACAGCAGCUCACCCAUGCUGCUGAGACCAACUUUUCCCAAUACCUCCUAACACUUGUCCAAGCCCUCGCAAAUGAGAGCAGUGAGGGGCAUAUUCGAGCCGCCGCUGGUAUUGCCUUGAAGAACGCCUUUAGUGCACGCGAAUUCGCGAGACAAGCUGCGCUACAAGCAAAAUGGCUCAACCAGACCGAUCAAGAAACGAGGACACGUGUUAAGCAGCUGGCGCUGGAGACGCUGGCCUCGUCCAACUCCAAAGCCGGCCAGGCUGCUGCCCAGGUCAUCGCUGCGAUUGCGGCGAUCGAGCUUCCCCGGAAUCAGUGGCCUGAGUUGAUGCAUGCCCUCGUACGAAAUGUCAGCGAGGGUGGCCAGCAUCAAAAGCAGGCAUCUUUGACGGCGAUCGGCUUUAUCUGCGAGACGCAGGAUACCGAUUUGAGGAACAGCCUUGUUGGGCAUUCCAACGCCAUCCUAACUGCCGUCGUCCAAGGAGCUCGGAAGGAGGAACCGAACAACGAGGUCCGUUUUGCUGCCAUUACUGCCCUGGGCGACUCGCUCGAGUUUGUCGGCAACAACUUCAAGCAUGAGGGUGAACGUAACUACAUUAUGCAGGUCGUCUGCGAGGCGACACAGGCGCAAGACUCUCGGAUACAGCAGGGUGCGUUCGGUUGCCUCAACCGAAUCAUGGCCCUUUAUUACGAGCACAUGAGAUACUACAUGGAGAAGGCUCUCUUUGGCCUGACUAUCCUGGGCAUGAAGAGCGAUGAUGAGGAUGUCGCGAAGCUGGCUGUUGAGUUCUGGAGCACUGUGUGCGAAGAGGAAAUCGCUAUCGAGGACGACAACGCUCAGGUAGAGAGCUCAGAGCAGAUGCGGCCGUUCUACAACUUCGCUCGCGUCGCCACGAAUGAAGUUGUUCCUGUUCUCCUUCAGCUUCUGACUAAGCAGGACGAGGAUGCCUCGGACGACGAGUACAACAUCUCCCGCGCCGCCUACCAGUGCCUGCAGCUCUAUGCUCAAGCUGUUGGGUCAACCAUCAUCCCCCCUGUUAUCCAGUUUGUCGAGCAUAACCUCCGCCAUGCUGACUGGCACUUCCGGGAUGCUGCAGUGUCUGCCUUUGGUGCCAUUAUGGAUGGUCCCGAGGAGAAGGUGCUGGAGCCUAUUGUGAAGACUGGCAUGCAGCCUUUGAUUGCCAUGAUGGAGGACGAGUCUAUCCAAGUUCGGGAUUCCACUGCCUAUGCCCUGGGUCGCAUCACCGAGGCCUGCUCGGAGGCUAUCGACCCCAACACACACCUUGAGCCCUUGAUUCGUUCUCUCUUCAAUGGUCUCAUGAACAGCCCUAAGAUGGCCGCUUCCUGCUGCUGGGCUCUCAUGAACAUCGCUGAGCGGUUUGCCGGCGAGCCGGGUGCUGCUCAGAACCCCUUGACACCCCACUUCAACCAGAGCGUUACCAACCUGCUCACGGUUACUGCACCAAUGAAUGGUGAUUCCACCGUCCGCACCGCCGCCUAUGAGGUCCUCAGCGUGUUUGUUCAGAACGCUGCCAAUGACAGUCUCAGCGCUGUUGCCUCUCUCUCCACUGUGAUUCUUCAGCGCUUGGAGGAGACGCUCCCGCUGCAGCAACAAGUUGUCAGCGUUGAGGACAAGCUCAUCCUCGAGGACAUGCAAACUAGUCUUUGCACUGUCCUCCAGGCCACAGUCCAGCGAUUGGACAAGGAGAUUGCUCCUCAGGGUGACCGGAUCAUGCAAGUUCUUCUCCAGAUUCUGAGCACUUGCGGCGGCAAAUCUAGUGUGCCCGAGGGCGUCUUCGCGGCCAUCAGCGCCUUAGCCAACGCCAUGGAAGAAGAGUUUGCCAAGUACAUGGAGGCCUUCGCCCCCUUCCUCUACAAUGCUCUUGGCAACCAAGAAGAGCCGAGUCUGUGCUCGAUGGCUAUUGGCCUUGUCAGCGACGUUACUCGGUCUUUGGGCGAGCGUAGCCAGCCGUACUGCGACAACUUUAUGAACUAUCUCUUGGGUAAUCUUAGGAGUACUACCCUUGCGAACCAGUUCAAGCCUGCUAUUUUGCAGUGCUUUGGCGAUAUCGCUAGCGCCAUUGGCGGUCACUUUGAGACCUAUCUUACCAUCGUGGCCCAAGUGCUCCAGCAAGCUGCUACUAUCACGGCUGGGCCCGAUGGCUCCUAUGAGAUGAUUGACUAUGUUAUUUCCCUUCGGGAAGGCAUCAUGGAUGCUUGGGGUGGCAUUAUUGGUGCCAUGAAGACCAGCAACAAGACCAAUGUCCUUCAGCCUUAUGUCGAGUCCAUCUUUGCGCUACUGAACAGCAUCGCUAACGACCCCAACCGCAGCGAGGCUCUCAUGCGGGCCUCAAUGGGUGUCAUUGGUGAUCUCGCCGACGCCUAUCCUAACGGCCAACUGGCCGAUGCCUUCCGGCAAGACUGGAUCACGGCCAUGAUCCGCGAGACAAGAUCGAACCGGGAGUUCGGAGCCCGCACGAUUGAGACGGCCCGCUGGGCUCGUGAGCAAGUCAAGCGCCAAAUUGCUGGUUCACAGACUGUCAUGCAGCAGUCAUGA